UUUGUAUAAACAGGAAUAAAUACUAUAGCUUUUCUUGCUAUAGAUGGCAGUAGUGAAGAAAAAUUUGAGCAACUGAGUUUCACGUGUUAUAUAAAACUCGUUUGGUUGAUAUGUUAUAGGAUCCGUGUAUCCGUGGUUAUACAUACAAUAAUAAGAUGUUGUCGAUCACAAAAAGCAGAAGUUUUCUGAGGAUCCAACUGUGUCGUCACUUUCACUCUAGCAAUAUUGUCUUCAAUGAUGCAGCACCAAGGAAGGCAUCACUGGCAAAUUUAAGGAAGGCUACAGGCUUCUCAAUCCUACAAUGCAAGAAGGCCUUGGAAAAGUUCCCUGAUGACAUGGAAAAAGCAGAAGCUUGGCUUAAUGAACAGGCUGCAGAACAAGGAUGGGCCAAAGCCAAUAAAUUAGGGCACAGACCAAUGUCUCAGGGGCUCAUAGGGGUGUUGAAAAAGGAUUCUAUGGGAAUCAUGGUUGAGGUUAACUGUGAGACAGAUUUUGUGGCUCGGAAUGAUAAGUUCAGAGGGCUGGUGGGAAAAGUGACCUCUGCAUGCUUUCAUCAUGUCAAGGACUCUUCUGAGGAUAAGGUCAGUCUGACCAAAGAGGCACUGUCAGCGGUCCCCACUCCAGAGGGUAAUGUUGGGGACGCUGUGGCCCUAGUGGUGGGUAGUGUAGGGGAAAACAUGGCAGUACGCCGGGCAGCCUUCUUUAGAGCACCAGAAGGAAGUCUAUUGUCCUCGUAUGUCCAUGCUGUGGGUGCAAGCCAUGUAGAUGAGGGAGACUGUUUGCUGGGAAAGUAUGCUUCUUUUGUGCUCACAAAACCUGCAGAGUUAACUGCCUCUGAAAAUGUGACAGAAGCUACAGCUGGAGAAACCGCAACCAAAGAAACAGAAGAAGAGGAUGAAGAUGACAAAAUGGAUCCAGCAGAUCUUGGCAGGCGGUUGUCACAGCAGGUAGUGGGUAUGAAUCCUUUAACAUUAGGAGAUCUUCAAACAGACAAACCAUCAGAUGACAAGGGUGAAGAAACCAGAUUUUUAUUCCAAGAAUAUCAAUUUAAUACUGAAAAAACUAUCAAAGACGUUUUACUAGAGAAUCAGGCGAUGGUGACAGACUUUGUCAGAUAUGAAUGUGGAGAAGAACUUUCAGAGGAAGCUAGCUCAUCUUAAUAUUGCUUUAUUACCAGUACCUUGCAUAAAAACUGAGAACUUGCAUACUAAUUUUAAAUAUCACAAAGUUGAUAGAUAUUUUCUUUAGUGUGAAGACUGGAUGGAAAGCAAAAUUUUCUUUUUACACAUGAAGUUGGGUCAGAUAAAUGACAAACGGUGAAACCUCUUAAUAUAAGAAUAGACUUAAGAUUCCAAAUAAAUUGAGUACCUUGUUAUUUAUGUCAAGUGUCUUUGCCGUAAACUUAAAUAUCUUUUUUUACAAGAGCCCCAAGAAACAUGAUAGAAAAUGCAUGAAAUGACAAGUGUUCAGUUUCAAUGGAGAUUGAGCAAUGACCCAAACACUUGUCAGUGUUUAUGAAUAAAGAACACUGAAUCAGAUGUACUGUUUUUCAGUCUUUGAUAAUGACUUUAUUAAGUUGAAAAUAAGAGUCAAACAAUUAUACUUAGUAUAAAUACAACAGUUAUUUUAUUUUAGUCUUUUUUAUUACUUUGAAUUAUACAGUGGUCCAUUAUAUACCAGUAAAUGAAAUAAAUGAAUUUUUUAAACCUUCA